GUUUCACAGAGCUCUCUGUUGUUAUCUCGUGAUGCUGCAAACUAGUCGUGACUAAGUGUUGAAGCAAGCAGGAAUAUCUGGAGGAGUAUCAUCUGAACUGAGAUCUGCUGCUGUGAAGAUGGUGUUUGUUAAAGAGGAGAGUGAGGAGAACAUGAUUAAACCAGAAACCUGGAGAAUAAAACACGAGGAACCAAAAACCGGGAGAAUAAAACACGAGGAACCAGAACCCGAACCAGAAACCUGGAGAAUAAAACACGAGGAACCAGAACCAGAACCAUGGAGAAUAAAACAGGAGGAACAAGGAGAGUUGAUUAAAGAAAACAAGGAGAAUGAAGAAUUGAGAGAAGAUGAGGAGAAAAAUCAUGUCAAACCUGGAGAAAAAACUUUGAGUUGCUCUCAAACCAAACAGAAAGAUUUAAAGAAAAGAGGAGCAGAGAAAUCUUUUAUCUGCACUCAGUGUGGAAAGAGUUUCACACACAAACAUCAUCUUAAGUGUCACAUGAGGUUUCAUACGGGAGAGAAACCAUACACUUGUGAUCAGUGCGGGAAGAGUUUCUCACAAUCAUCACACCUUAGGGGCCACAUGUUCAUCCACACUGAAGAAAAACUUCACGCAUGUGAUCAAUGCGGAAAAACAUUUUCGAGGCCUUCAAACCUGAAGACACACCUGAGAGUUCAUACAAAGGAGAAGCCAUAUUCAUGUCAUUUGUGCGGAAAGAGUUUUUCACGUCCAGAAAAUUUGAAAGAACAUCUGAAAAUACAUACUGGUGUGAGAGAGUUUGUGUGCUUUGAGUGUGAGAAGACUUUUACUUCAGCAAAGUGUUUAAAACGGCAUCAGAGGGUCCACACUGGAGAGAAACCUUAUAAGUGUUCGCACUGUAACAAGAGAUUCAGUCAGUCAGGACACCUGAAAACACACGAGAGGAUUCACACCGGAGAGAAACCGUAUCACUGCACUGAAUGUGGGAAGAGUUUCAUUCAAUCAUCUGCUCUACACAUUCAUACAAAAAACAAUCACAGGGCAACACCUCUUAAUGGCACAAGCAAUGGGACCAUUGACCUGGACACAAAGACAGGCGGAAAGUGUGCACCAACCGGUGGCUGCCAGUGGUCUGCAUAUGAAUGUAGAUGCUACCGCUUUUUUGGCUGCGGGACUUCCCGGAUUGAUGCAGAGAAACAGUGUUUGGACUACAACGGGCACCUCGCCUCUGUACACACUAAUGCGGAGUACACCUUCAUACAGAACCUGAUUAAAUCUCAAACUCAAGCUUCAACUGAGGCCUGGAUAGGAGGCUAUGGCUCUGUUUCAGAGAGAUCAUGGCUCUGGAAUGAUGGGUCCAAAAUGAACCUAGAGAUAUGGGCUCCUGGAAAACCCGAUCAUAAGAAUGGGGAAGAGAAGUGUAUUGGGAUGAACUAUGACUGCUCAGAAAAGUGGAAUAACUACAAGUGUGAUCGGAAAAUGGGUUUUGUGUGUAGCAGGAUGAGAAACCUUAAUGGAGAAUGUUGAAUGUCAUAUUGUCUUGCAUUAAAGGAAUAGUUGACCCAAAAAUGACAAAUAUUUACAACAGUGCUUACCCUCAGUCGAUCCAAGACAAAGAGGAGUUCUUAAUCAGAACAGAUUUGAAGAAAUAUAAGUUUAUAUCAUUUGCUUAUCGAUGGAUCCUCUGCGGUGAAUGGGUGCCAUCAGAAUGAGAGCUUAAACAGCUGAUCAUGAAAACAUCACAAUAAUCCACACGACUCCAGUCCAUCAAUUAAUGUCUUGUGAAGUGAAAGGCUGCAAGUUUGUAAUCAAAUUUUCUUUUUCAUUUUUUGGUCAACUGCUCCUUUAACUAAUUCUCUCUGAUUUCUUUACUAAUGUGCAAGUAGAACUCACAUAUAUGUGCAUUUUCUGAAUGAAACUCCCGAAGGUUUUGGUAAACUUUGUAUCUGAGUAAAUAAAAUUCUGCAUCAGAGCUGCUUUGCUUUUGUCAUGCCUGUGUGUCGUUAUAGGAAAUAAACAGAAACAUUUGCUAAUCGAGUUGUUAUAGAACAAACUGUAAAGUAAUUCAAUGAGAAGUGUGCCAAAGAAAGAGAAUAUUUGAAGAUGAUUUUUGUCAAAAUGUCUAUUCAAUGAAAUUACAAAGCUUAUAUAAAGCAGCAGUAAUACAAACACCAAAUUCUUUAUAGAGUAACUUCUGACGGUGAUUAGUCCACGUGAAGGAGAUGCUUCCAUUUUUUUAACACCCCAAAACUGGACUGGUAUGAGAUGAUGGCAGCUUCGAAUGUGGAUUCCUUCAUCUGACGAUGACGAACCUCUCGAACGUAUGAGCUGCAGUUAACUGUAGUCCUUAUG